CAAAAAGUUACAUCUCUAACAAAAAUUCCGGUUUUAUUAACUCUAUGUAAAAAUCAGAUUACAAUCGGAGACGUGUAUUAAUAAAAGUGAAAAAAUUAAUUUUAAAAACAACAACAUAAAACACAACAUUGUAUUUAAUUAAUUAACUAGUGCAAAUACAUAAUUCAACCAAGUGCUGAUUCAACAAUCAUCGACAUGGCCAAACACUCUAACGCCGGUCAAUCGCAGCAGCCUGGCCGUCGUACCCUGAUGCAAACCAUCGGACUGUACACGCUGUACCUGCUGACACAGGUGCUGGGCAUUGGUAUGAUCUCGCUCGGUUGCUUGUGGGUGAACAAGCACCUGGGUGGCAUGAAACUGGACGGUACGCCCGAACAGCUGUUUAACUAUCACCCGGUGCUUAUGGCCACCGGUAUGCUAUUCAUCAACGCUAACGGCAUACUAUUCUAUCGGACGGGCGGUUGUCUCAAAUACAGUACCCAAAAGUUUAUCCACUUUUUGGUACAACUGACCGGACUGGGUGUAACACUAGCCGGUGCUUACGCCGCCUACACCUACCACACCCUCAAACACAUACCCCACUACUACUCACUGCACUCGUGGUUAGGCGGAGCGUUGAUUGUCACGCAGGCAUCGGGCACUUUGGGCGCAUUUUUUGUGUUUCUAUGGCCCCAGGGGUCGUACGGGUUCAAGCGGGCGGUGUUGCCGUUGCACACGUUUGUGGGCGCAGUUGGCUUUGUGUUGGCCGCCGGUGUGGCCAUCACCGGUGUCACCGAGAAAGCCCUGUUUAGUUUGACUUCAAAAGGCCAGGAAUACCGUGACCUCCCGGCGCCGGCACUCUUGCUGAACGCCUUUGGCGUUAGUAUAGUGUUGUUUGUGAUAUCAGUGGUCUAUUUGCUGACCAGAUCUGACUACAAGCGACCCGAUGUGGCCGUCGAUCGCAAAAAGGAUUAAAUUAUUUUGAAGUUUAAUUAAAUAAAUGAUAACUUAAACUGUUUUCUCAUUUGAAUUACUUAUUUAAUUUUUUGAUAAAUAAGAAAUGCUCAAUAAAUUUAUUAAA